UAAAAAGAAAUAGGCUUCACUAAAUAGUAAAUAGCGUACAUUUCUGAAGCCUCCGCGCUCGGUCGCGCAACGGCACAGUAAUCUGUUAUUCACUAUGGAUUGGGAGCGCAAAGGCCAAUAAGCUUAUCCACCCAUACAUCAUACUAUUCUCAAAGAGACAACCACCAUUAUCCAGAAAUGGAUUCUGUGUUCACUAUGCCCAUAAACCAUUGCUCUUUCUCUUCUUAUUGUUCAUCUUCCCUUUCUUCGCCGACACCACUACAGUCCUCAGCUGCUUCAUUUUCAUCUUUCCCAUCCCAUGGAUGGUUCUCUGCCAUAAAGUUCAUGACAAGAAGGAAGAGUGAAAAAAACUCACUGUUAGCCUUGGAGGGUAUACGAAUCUUUACACAUAUAUCCAUCCAGUGCACUACUGCCAUCACCGUCGGCAGUCUCAUCAGUGACACUGGGGUGAAAUUGUUCUUACUCUUCCGAGAAAUUGGAAUCCAUGAGAAAGAAACUGAGCUACUUCUGGACAUGUAUCCAGCUCUGGCAUUCAUGCCUUUUGAAUCCAUUCGUACCCGAGUUCAAUCUCUCCAAUCCCUUGGACUUAAUGGGCUCACGCUUUCUCGAUUGGUUACAAAGCGCCCAGAUGUAUUAACAGCCGAAGAAAUUGAUCCAUUGAUAUGCUUUCUUCGCAAUGAAUUAGGAGGGAAGAUUGAACCUGCCCAACUUGAACGCUUUUUAAAUGCAACAGAACCCAGAUUCUUUCUCGGUUUCCAGGCAAAGGUUAGGCUGCUUAUGCAUCAUGGAAUUCCCCAAGAAAAACUUGCUCAUGUUCUGAACAAUGUGAACUUAACAAAGGCCUUAUGCCUUAAAUCAGUUGAUGAGAUUGAGAGAAUGAUCUCUUAUUUGAACCAAUUUGGUGGUCUCAACUUAAUCAUUCGCCGCCCAGCAUUUCUUGCUUAUGAUUUGGACAAACAGCUAAUUCCAAGAAUUGGGUUUCUAUUGCAACUGAGUGGUGGAGAUAAGGAUGCUACUGCAACUGUGUUGCGUAAACUACCCUUUGUCUUAGCUUAUAGUGUAGAGCAUUUGGAAGAUCAUGUGAACUUCUUGAGAUCACACGUUGGUUUAAUUGAUGAAGAGAUAUUUAGGAUUGUCCUUGUGUAUCCUAAUUUGUUUAGUGCCAGCAGGAAGAGGAAAUUGCAUCCAAGGAUCGAGUUUCUUAAGCAGUGUGGGUUGGGCUCUGAUGAUAUAUACAGGUUCUUGAUUAAAGCCCCUUUGUUUCUAAGCCUGUCAUUUGAAGAGAACCUCGCAUUCAAACUGGUUCUAUUGGUGAAGAUUGGGUAUGAAAAUAACACGAAGGAAUUGGCAAUGGCAAUGGCAGCUGUGACCAGAACCAGCUGCAAAAAUAUGCAGGAGGUGAUUAGCCUGUUUUUAAAUUAUGGGUUGACUUGCAAGGACAUUCUUGCCAUGAGUAAGAAGCAUCCACAGAUACUUCAGUACAAUCAUGAAUCGUUGGAGGCAAAGAUGGAUUACUUAAUUGAGGAAAUGGGUCGUGAUGUUGGAGAGCUGUUGGCUUUUCCUGCAUUUCUUGGUUACAAGCUCGAUGGGAGGAUCAAGCACAGAUAUGAAGUAAAGAAGGACAUUUUAGGUGAAGGCAUGUCCCUCAACAAGCUCUUGAGUAUGUCAACUGCAAGAUUCUCCAUGAAGAAGAAAAGAAGAACAACAACAAAGAUACAGUAAGCAUUUUUGACAACCUGAACAAAAGUGAAGAUUAGAGGAAAAUGGAUAAAAGUUCGUUUCCUUUCACCAUGUCUGGUUGAAUUCGUAGUGCAUCCCUGUCACUCCAUAGCAAGUUCAAUGCCUGCUUAAAAUUUUCUCCUUGAAUGAUGUACUUGCACAAAAAUAGGAGAAACUUGACAAUGACAACUGUUAUUUGGUUGAGAAGCGCAGAUUUCUAAAGAAAAGCAAAGACGCAUCCUGUAUCUGCAGAAAGUUGAAGGUUGGUAUGUGGAGUAUUUAACACAAGUUUAUUCUUCAGCAAGUUCAAGUCCAUAUAAUCUCCAGGAAGAAACUGAAUUUUCUUACAAAUAUCCAGAUGAAGGAAUGGAUUCUAUUCAAAAAUGUCCUCAUCUUGGCAUCUGUAAUGCCUUUUGAGCCCCAUUUUGAUUAGAGAAUCAGGGCAUUAUUGUAAAACCAAUGGCAGUGAUUCGUAUAUCCAAUGUUCUGAAAAUCAAUUUGUGCUGAGUUGUUUAGGUUUGAGUGAUGUGAGGGGUAUGAUAAGUCUUGUUGGUUCAAGUUGUACAAACAACCAAGUUUUGAGUAGAGCUCAUCUUUGAGCUAUAUCUAAGAGAACACAAUGCUAAAACGGUAG